AUGUCUGUCGCUUCUAAGAACCCAUUCGACAUUCUCGGCAACACGGAGGACGAGACCCCCGUCGUCCCCGUUAAGGCCGUUGAGAAGACAUCGACUCACACGGCCAAGCGCAACACCGAUGGCCUUCCUCCCAAGGGCCAUGCUGCUGGCAACCGCCGCGGCGGUGCUAAUGUGAGCGGCAACGAGGCUGCUUUCCGUGAUCGGAAUGCUGGGCGCGAUGCCAACCGUGGUAAGCCCACUGAUGAGGCCGCUCCCCGCGGUGGUCGCCGUGGUGGCUUCCGUGGCCGUGGCAAGCGUGAGGAGGGUGACCGUCACCCCACUAGGAGCGCCCCUCGGAGUAACUCCGAGAAGCAGGCCAGCCAGGGCUGGGGUGCCACUGAGGGCGAGGCCGAGCUGAAGGACGAGCAGGCCGCUGAGGAAAUCGCUCAGACAGAGAAGAAGGAGGCCGCUGAGGGCGAGGCUGCCCCCGAGGCUGAGGCCAAGGAGGAGGAGCCUCAGGAGAAGGUCCUCACCUACGACCAGUACCUUGCCAAGCUCGCCGAGAAGAAGCUGGCUCUCGAGCAAGAGAAUGCCCUAAAGGUCCGCAAGCCCAAUGAGGGUGCUGAGGACAAGUUCAAGGGUCUCAAGCCCCUGACCAAGAACGAGGACGAGGCUCUCUUCGCUCCUACCGUCCAGAAGAAGGAGCGCCAGCGCGAGCGCAAGACCAAGCAGAUCAUCGAGAUCGAGAACCGUUACGUCGAGGAGCGCCCCCGUGGCGGCCGUGGCGGCCGCGGUGCUCGUGAUGGUGCCCGUGGCGGCCGCGGCCGCGGUGGUGCUCCCCGCGGUGGCCGUGGCGGCGCUAAGGAGAACGCUGCUCCCGCGAUUAACACCAACGACGAGACUGCUUUCCCCAGCCUCGGCAGCCGCUAA